AUGUCAUUUUUCGGUUCACGCGACCAUGAAGGCUACGUUGGCAGAGAGGAACAUAUGCGAAAGCUGGAAACGGCGAACUCGGAAGAUGACACUGAUCUGGUAGAACUGGCCCUUGGAGGGUUGCACAUCGCUGAAGGAGUCCGUCCAACGGCUGGUGGCCCUUUUUCAGCCCUCACUCCUUCCAUGUGGCCGCAGGACAUCCUGACGAAGCUUGGCCAACCGGAUCCGGACGAGCCACCGAACCACCAACCCGACUAUCGCUUUGACGAGUUUGGCUUCCGCGUCGAAGAGGAGGACGGUCCGGAGCAAAGCUCGAACAAACUGCUCAGCAUUCCGUUCAUCGAGGAUCCGGCUCAGCGCCUCCAGUGGAUUGCACACCUGGAGUUCUCGCACAAUAAGGAAGCGACUGAGCUAACGUGGGAAAGCGUCGAUGUAGUCCUUCCCCGCACGGAGAAGCUCCGCACGAUGGUCCGCGCGGGAAUCCCGCACUCGUUACGACCGCAGAUGUGGAUGCGACUGUCCGGAGCGCUGCAAAAGAAGCUGAAGUGUGAAACGAGUUACCAGGAAAUUGUGAAGGCGUCCUCGAACGACCAGCUCAUGACGUCGAAGCAAAUCGAGAAGGACCUGCUGCGUAUCAUGCCCACGAACGCGUGCUUUAGUUCUCUCAACGGAACUGGGGUACCCCGUCUGAGGCGCAUUCUGCGCGGAAUUGCAUGGCUUUAUCCGGACAUUGGCUACUGCCAGGGAACGGGCGUCAUCGCUGCCUCGUUGCUUUUACUGCUUGAAGAAGAGGACGCUUUCUGGAUGAUGGCUACGAUUGUGGAAGAUUUGCUGCCCGCCUCCUACUAUUCAUCCACGCUGCUCGGAAUCCAGGCCGACCAGCGGGUCAUGCAGACGCUUAUCGGAAACUACCUCACGGCGGUGGACGAAACGCUCAAGAGCCACGACAUCGAACUGUCGCUGAUCACGCUCCACUGGUUCCUGACGCUGUUCGCCAGUGUCGUACACAUGAAGAUCCUGCUACGCAUUUGGGACUGGUUCUUCUACGACGGCUCGAUUGUGCUGUUCCAGCUGACACUGGCACUGCUCAAGAUCAAAGAGCCCAACGUGAAGAGCUUAGAAAAUUCGGCUCAAAUUUUCAACUCCCUGUCGGACCUGCCGGGCGACAUCGACGACGUCGAGCAUUUGUUCGCGGUAUCACUCGAGGUCGGUGGUUCCCUGUCGCCCAUGGUCAUCGAGACGCAUCGCCGACGGCACCUCGCUUACCUGAUGGCCGAUCAAGGUGGGUUGGUGGGCAACCCGGAGGCGGCUUCCAACCUGCCCAAACAGCAGCUUGCUCGCCGGCAGAUGAAAAAAUCCAAAUCCAUGCUCCAGACGAUUCUCUUCGGAAACGGGGCCGAAGGUGACGACGAGCUGAAGUGCAAAAACAUUCGUACAACCGAGCAGUUGGUGGACCUGCGCGAGGCGAUCCUCAAGGUGGCCCGACACUUUCUCGCGAUCGAACCGAAGCUGGCCGCGCACAUCAAAAUGGUCGCGGACUAUGGGAUGGACAGCCACGCCAAGGACCACGAGAACUACAUCAACGUGUCGCGGACGCGCAGCCGGCGAGCGAAGGCUUUACAUGACUUCGAGCGCCACGACGAUGACGAGCUUGGUUUCCGCAAGAACGACAUUAUCACGAUCGUAAGCCAGAAGGACGAACACUGCUGGGUGGGUGAACUGAACGGUCUGCGUGGUUGGUUUCCGGCCAAGUUUGUCGAACUGUUGGACGAACGAAGCAAACAGUACAGUUGCGCUGGGGACGACGCAAUCUCGGAGACGGUAACGGAUUUGGUACGAGGGACACUGGCACCCACGAUCAAGCAGGUGCUCGAGCACGGCAUGAAACGGCCGUCCUUUCUCGGUGGACCGUGCCAUCCGUGGCUGUUCAUCGAGGAGGCGGCCACGCGCGAAGUAGAGAAAGACUUCGAGUCGGUGUAUUCGCGGCUGGUGCUAUGUAAGACCUACCGCCUCGACGAAGACGGCAAGGUACUGACACCCGAGGAGUUGCUCUACCGUUGCGUGCAGUCGGUCAACCAGACGCAUGAUGCGGCGCAUGCCCAGAUGGACGUGAAGCUACGUUCGCUGAUCUGCCUAGGGCUGAAUGAGCAGGUGCUGCACCUGUGGCUCGAGGCGCUCUGCAGCUGUACGGAGAUCGUGCAAAAGUGGUACCAACCGUGGAGCUUCGUCUACUCGCCCGGUUGGGUGCAGAUCAAGUGCGAACUGCGGUUGCUCUCACAGUUCGCGUUUAACCUCAACCCAAACUGGGAGCUCCCGGCCAAGCGGGAAGCAGUACAGAGUCAGCCGCUCAAGGACGGCGUUCGGGAUAUGCUCGUGAAGCAUCAUCUCUUUUCGUGGGACCUCUAA